AUGGUGUAUGGAAAAACAACAAUGAUGCCCAUUGAGUUUGAGUAUAAAACUCUUAGGAAAGCUCUGCAAUUGAAUAUGACUCUCUCAGAAGCACAAAAGGACCACAUCAAGCAAUUGAAUGCUUUAGAUGAGCUGAGAAAUAUGGCUGUCCAACAUACAAAGAUUAUUCAACAUCAACAAGCUAAAUGGCAUGAUAAGUAUAUCAAGGAGAGAAAAUUUAAAUCUGGAGAUUGGGCAUUGUUAUAUGAUUCUAGAUAUAAGGAUACUAUGGGGAAGGUACAUACACGUUGGUUGGGCCCAUAUGAAAUAGUUGAAGUUUUUCAAAAUGGAGCAGUUCGGUUGACAACAAUAGACCCAGUUAGAUUCAAACUUCUAGUCAAUAGUCAUCGACUACGCCUUUAUCAUAAGCCUGCAACAAAAGAAUAG